GUUCUAGCCACGCAGACGUUGGCGCUUGGUGAUGCCAAUGUUACUGGCGCUAGCAAUAUCGGUGCAAGUGCAAGCUUUGCUUGGAAGGAAAUUUAUUUGAAUCUCGCCUCUCAAUAUUUUCUUCGGGGUGCUUUAGGUUGCCCUUGGAGUUGAGGUGACUCUGACCCUUAAUUAUUUGGAUCCCUGGCUUGACAAUCUCGAUUACGGUAACUUCUUAUUUGUGAAAAUGAACAAUGAUUGAUCAUCUUGUGUGUGUGCACUAUUAGAGUUAAACCCCCUUCCUUCCUUCUCAAAACCCUAGUUUCUCUCUAUUCAUCAAUCUGAAGGAGAACCCUAGCAUUCCAUCAUACUUGCAACAGCUCAGAUCAGUCCUGCUGAUGCUGCAAGGAUAAAAAAGAUGGCGAUGAAUUGCAGCAGAUCUCUCAGAAGCCUCAUCCUCGCAGAGGAGGCCGUUGGAGUUGUUGGUCGGAGAACAUUCACAGCAGGUGGUAAAGCCAAGAAAGGUGGAAAAGGAAGUGGAGCAGGUGAUGCUCUCAACGCUUCAAGCCUUUCCAAAGAAAUUAAAUCUACUACAGUAGUUGGUGGCAAUAUUCUCAAGGAAGGAACAGAUCCUAAGCUUCUAGCUGACUCUGAAUACCCCGAUUGGCUGGGCCACCUGCUUGAUAAGAAACCUGCAUUGAGUGAACUACGCAGGAAGAACAUAGAGACCCUCCCUUAUGAUGAUCUGAAACGGUUAGUUAAGCUGGAUAAUCGCGCAUGAAUCAAGGAGAACAACUCCGUCAAGGCCAAAUAUUGAAUACAAUCUGCAAGACUUAUUUUUGUUACACACGUCCUUUCAGGUAUAUUCCCCUGUAUGAGAUUUAUGUUAUACUGCUUUGCCAUUCUGCUGGAGUACAAAAGCUGUUGAUAAAAUCUCUUCUGAUUUUUACAAAGAAGAUAAAGUGUCUUUGUGAAGAACUCUCCCAUACAUGUUCUCAUUUGUUUUUUUAGUUUAGCUAUCAGUAGUUUGUUGUGGA